AUGGCGAUGGGUGCUGGCGCGGUCGAGCGCGCGGACGCGUGCUGGGGUGCGGCCGGCGAGCAGGAGGGCACCGGCGGCUGCGAGGACGGUGGCGGCGGCAGCAGGUCACAGCCGAGGACAAUGGCGAGGCUAGAACGUGGCGGGGAGCGCGGCUGCAUAGCCGGCGAGGCCUCGCGCAGCGAGGCGCGGGGCAGGGCGUCGCGGGGACGCGACCACAUGUGGGCGACGCACAUAGGGGCGUGCGGUGAGCUCGGUCGGGCAGGAGCACAAAGGCGGGAGGGGGCAGGCACAUGCGACAGCUACGGCUGCAGAAGUGGGCGAAGGAGGCUGCUCCCGACGCUCCUCAGAACCCUAACCGGCACCCGCCACGCUGGCGCGGCGCGGGGCCUCGCCACGGAGAAGGCAGUCGGCGCCGCGGCCGUCGUUGGAAGCCACACCGCCAAAUGGAUGCAGGACACAAGCAAGAAAUCUCCAAUGGAACUUAUCAAUGAGGUGCCACCAAUCAAGGUUGAAGGGCGAAUUGCUGCAUGUGAAGGGGAUAAAAACCCUGCCCUUGGCCAUCCAAUUGAGUACAUAUGCCUUGAUCUGGAUGCACCUGCUGUGUGCAAAUACUGCGGCCUUCGCUAUGUUCAAGACCACCAUCACUAAGUAGAGAAGAUACCAUCCUUUACCACAGCAGAAUUUGGAGUUGCUGCAUGCUCAUUGGGUUCACAAUGUAUGCCAAUGUACUGUGUAUUUGAUGGCAAAAUAUUGUCUUUGACUGUCAUCCUACUUUUUGUGACAUAAUAAUGUUGCAUUAACUUCGAAUUGAUUUUCUAUAGCUGACAUUUGUCGGCAUUUCCUGAAUUAACGCACUUUCCGUAUCAAACUCCCUGCACUCUGGAUAAAAGGGUUGAGAGGGAAGGAACAUGAAAUUGAUUUUAGAAGCUGCUUAGUGAA